AUGCUCAGACCAUUCCAUGCACCGGCGCUCGUGACACACGCCCUGGUCGUUAUCUCUCGGCGCGAGUUGGAUAUCGGCCGCGUUAUUGCAAUUCGAUGCUUGCCGGCUCCUGCUAGCCCGGCUGACUGCGCGUUUGUCUGCCUCCUCGUUGCCCAGUCUGUCCAACCCGUGUUUCUCUCAUUCCCCUUUCCUCUCGAGAGGCCAGGACAGUGCAAGACAGAGACAGACAGAGGCGGCCAAGGUUCGCGGGAUCAGACAUUGAUAAACAGGUAA